CAACAGCACGUGUGCGUCAGGAAUUCCAACUACAUUUCCCAGGAUUCUCUGAAUCUGUUUUGCAGUGAAAGCAGAAUUACGAGUGAGAGUCGAGUCCAAACGAGCUGACAGUUCACCGUGAGAUCGUGCUGCUUGCGCUGGGUUUUUGAAGAACUGCUGUGAAACUAAACGAAACACAACAUGAUUGCUCGGGCUUUUGCAAAUGGACUCUGUAACCGACUUUCCAGGGAAACCACGCGGACUGUCGGGUUGGGGGUAACGGGGCGGCAGAACAGACAAGCUUCCACAGAGGUGGCACUCAAGAAGACCCCGCUAUAUGAUUUCCACAAGGCUCAGGGUGGUAAGAUGGUGGAGUUUGCGGGAUGGAGUAUGCCUGUGCAGUACAAAGACAGUCACAUUAACUCACACAUGCACACACGCCAGCACUGCUCCAUCUUUGAUGUCAGUCACAUGCUGCAGACUAAAGUCUAUGGUAGAGACAGAGUGAAGUUCAUAGAGUCUCUGAUUGUUGGAGACAUUGCUGAACUAAAAGACAACCAGGGCACUCUCUCCCUCUUCACAAACAAUAAAGGAGGAAUCAUGGAUGAUCUGAUUGUGACCAAGACAGAUCAGGACUACCUGUAUGUUGUCUCCAAUGCUGGCUGUGCAGACAAAGACUCGGCUCAUAUGCAGGCCAGACUGCAGGAGUUCAAAUCGGCAGGUCAUGAUGUAGAUUUGGAGUUCAUGGAAGAAAGUCUCAUCGCUCUGCAGGGCCCAUCAAUGGCCCAGGUUCUGCAGAAAGGUGUGGGUGAUGACCUCAGGAAGCUGACCUUUAUGACCAGUGUAUUGACCCCAGUGUUUGGCAUCCAGGGCUGCCGGGUCACACGCUGUGGAUAUACAGGGGAGGAUGGAGUUGAGAUAUCAGUACCACCUGGAGACGUUGUCUCGCUGACUGAAAAGCUGUUAGCCAACAGUGAGGUGAAACUCGCUGGUCUUGGUGCCAGAGAUAGUCUCAGGCUGGAGGCAGGACUUUGUCUCUAUGGCAAUGACAUUGAUGAGACCACCACACCUGUGGAAGCAAGUCUUGUCUGGACUAUAGGUAAGCGCCGUCGACAGGCACGAGAUUUCCCCGGUGCUGACAUUAUUGUUCCACAAAUAAAGGCAAAGACACAGAGAAAGAGAGUGGGACUGAUCUCCACUGGACCACCGGUCAGACAACACACACCCAUCCUGUCAUCUGAUGGCAGGGUUAUAGGUGAGGUCACCAGUGGAUGCCCCUCCCCCUGCCUCAAGCAAAACGUUGCCAUGGGCUAUGUGGAAGCUGGUUUCAGUAAAGUGGGCACAUCAAUCCAGGUGGAAGUGAGGAAAAAAGCAGUACCAGCAGUGGUCAGCAAAAUGCCAUUCGUGCCAACCAAGUACUACAUGGGCCAGUAGACCUACUGAUCAGAAACCCAUCUGUGUUUAAGAGAGGGUCUGUCGUAGAUCUGUCUGGAUGUAUUUAACACUGGAUUACCACUGGGAUGGAAACCAACAUUAGAGAUUAUGUAAAGCCUGGGACACACGUCAACUUUGAGCAUUCCAUAAGGCAAACACAAAUGCAAACUUUAAACACUUUCACAAUUUACUUUCGUGUAGUUGUAAGUAAAUUACAUUCCAGAACAUUUUGUAAUAAUUGCACAACAUUAUGGCCACUACACUAGAAAUUCAAAUCAAAUGGACUUUCAGGAUGUGGGAUAGGACCACUUGUUGUUGGUGUGUGUGUCUAACAUAGAGCACUUAACAUGUUAGUUUGAGUGUGGGAAGGUGACAUCUGUUUUAAAGACUACUCAGUAAGAUUUAUUUAAAAAGUUUGCUACACCUCUGGUUUGUUUUAUGCCAGUGUACUUCUUUAGUGUCAUAGUUCUAUGAUGGACAAUGAUAAGAUCAUUAACAAAGCUAAUCUGAAUGAGAUAUAUAUGUAAUAUUAGAAAAGUGCCUAAUUUCUAAGGAGUAGUUUGUCAUGCUGUAGUAAUUAUUAAUGUCAUCAUCUUUUAACUUCAGACCACAUCACUGUGAAGCCUUUCUGUUUUUGUUUCUUUUUGGGAUGUGAUUAAAUAAUUACAUUUUAUUUUAUAUAAUUUUAUAAACCUUUACCUGAUUGGUAUAGUAGUGUUCCUUAGCAGCCAGUGAACAGUUUGGUAGGAUUUGUAUUUGUAUUCGUAUUGUGGGCUGUCAUUUAAAUAAAACUUAAGUGUAUAUAUUUUA